AUGUCCCGCCGCUCACCUCCAAUAGAGGUUGUUCUGGACCUACUCGCAGAGAAGGACCGACUGGUCCGCGAGAAGGACGAACUGGUCGAGUCGAAGAACAAGAUGUGGCGCGAAUACUACGACCUCUUGCAGGAGAAGGAUCGUGAGAAUGACUGGCUGCGGGAGGAAUUCGAGAAAUCGAAGCGUCGAUCCAAGGAGCUGGAAACGGCGCUAAGAGACCUCCUCGAUCGAGACGAUGAGGAGGAGGUGGAGGAAGAUGAGGAGGCAGUGGUGGAGGAGGUCGACGACGGGGACGACGGAUAUGGCGCGUAUCGUACGGCAGAGGAGGAGAUGCAGAAUAAGCAUGAGCAGCAGGAACAGGAAAGUUACAUCGAUCGGAAGAACCUCAGCCAAGAGAGCCUUCAUUCGUGUAAUCCACCAUUCGACGAUGUUGGACCAGGCCGACGAUUCUACGACGGCAGACCUGCACCUGCACCAUCACCGCCAGUUGCAAUGGAGCGACUGCAAGCACCCCGCCCUCUCGUCCGUCAAGCUCCUCCUCCGCCUACCAGGGUAGACUACAGCGCGUUUGUUUUUGCGCCGCUCAUCCGCGUUUUGGACAAUCGCGAAGAUAGAUGUGGUGGCAUAAGCAGCGUGGCUCCAACUGUGAUAAAGUCCAUCCGCUCCACGAUGGAUCAGCUUGAACAGAAACAGCAUCCAGGCCCGUUCGAGUCGACGUGCUGCGCCUGGAAGUAUCUCGAGGGUCACAAGUCACAAGCACCAUGGACCAAUGAGUUGCCGCGUCGGGAAGCUUGUCGCGCUUGUUUCAACGCCAGGCGUGCAUGCUUGCUCUGGCUCGGUGACAUGAAGUGGAUGGUCCUGCCUCUGCCACCCCGGGUACGGAAUAACAGUACGACGUGGCGGGAUGCAGAGUACUACAUCUAUCCCGGCGGCGAAGAUUCGACGGAAUUCCCGGGAGUCUGGCGAGAAUCGACACAGAAGAGGAAGAAGCGGAGGCAGAGUGAUGAUGUUGGUUGA